CUGCACUGUCGCCUUCGUCAGGCGGCUAAAUGCCUGUUUCCCCUUCCUCCCAUGUUUUACUUUACUGAAGGUUUUUCUUCAUGUCAGCCGUACACGUACUCACGCACACCGAGAGGAGCAAUGAAAAGACUGGCCCCAGCUUUUAAAAAGACUUGAAACCGCGUCGACAGCGGGUUUUGGACGGAGACACCUGCGUAGGGCUCGUGCACACAAUGGAGUUGUUUUGUUGCGCAAAACAGUCCGCUCUGUGAAGCAGCAACAGUGAGACGGCGAGGACGCGUCCACUGUGGAAAUACAAUCUGAUAACUCCAUUUGCUCCUUUCUUUUUGAAACACGAGCACCAGACGCGCACGGAGCUGGAGUAGCCCGCGGACCACGCAGCGUUAGUGCAUUUGUGAGUUUGUGUUGGUGUCGGUGUGUGUACGGUUGUUUGGAAAGAGACAGAGGCAGUUUGCAGUCGUCGCUAUUUCUCACGGAUAGUGUUGAACUUCACAUCCAGGAAGCUUUGGGUCAAUACGCAAGGGACAAUGGUAAAUCCAGGAGGCAGUGCUAGUAACCAGCCACCGCCAGUCGGAACAGGCCCUCUAUCUUGGAAGCGGUGUGCAGGAUGUGGGGCUAAAAUUGUGGACCGCUUCCUACUCUACACCAUGGACAGCUACUGGCACAGCCGUUGUCUAAAAUGCUCCUGCUGUCAGGCCCAGCUCGGCGAAAUUGGCACGUCAUGCUUCACCAAAAGCGGCAUGAUCCUGUGCAGAAAUGACUACAUCAGAUUAUUUGGAAACAGUGGAGCGUGCAGUGCAUGUGGUCAGUCAAUUCCAGCUAGCGAACUGGUGAUGAGGGCACAGGGCAAUGUGUACCAUCUCAAGUGUUUCACAUGUUCCACCUGCCGGAACCGGCUCGUACCAGGGGAUCGGUUCCACUACAUCAACGGUAGCCUGUUCUGUGAACAUGACCGACCAACAGCACUUAUCAACGGCCAUUUAGGUUCACUGCCGACAAACCCUCUGCUGUCCGAUCAGAAGGUGUGUUAAAGAGCUGUUCCAGGAAUUGGACUUGUGCCUUCAUUGUAAGCUCCGCACUCAUCUUCUUCCCAGAUUACCGUGGAUCAGCAAGCCCCAGCUGCUAAAAUCUUGGAUUCUCUUCAUGCCAAUAAACUUUUAUUUGUUUAUAAAAGCCCGGAGCUUAGUUUUGACCUUGUCCCCUUUUCUCACACAAAAACGGCUUUGUGUUCUUCAUGUACACGUUCGUCAAAAAAAAAGGACGCUACGGACUCCAUACAAUCUUGAAAUAAUAAAAAAACAACAAAACAAAAAAAUGGAGACCAGUUGGAAUGAACUCUGCCCGAAGAGAAUUAAAUCUUAUGCAAAGAAGGUGACGUGGCUUUACUGAGAGAACAACGAGAACGGAAAAAAAAAGACUGAUAACACACCUUAAGAGAUGCAGACUUUUCAACUCUGCGUAUUUCUUAAAAAAGACAAUUUUGGGGGCGGGGGUGGGGUGGAACAGAACCCUUUGAUUUCCUCUCUUUUUUUUUCUUUUAUACCCUCAUUGUGUUUCAACUUUAUAUAUUUUCAGUGUUGUUCACGAGGAAAGGGUUUUUGUGGAUGAUGUAAAAAAAAAAAAAAA